UGCUGUAUGCCUCAGUUUCCCUUUUGGAAAGUGGGGGAGGGGAUCCCCUCUUUGCAGAGUGGUUGCAAGAAAUUUGGUGGCUGUGUGAUUUUUGACUUACUGAAGAGUCAAUGAGACUUCCUUGCUUUGAAUUCCUUGGCACACAGUAGGUGGACAGAUAAUGGCUGCUCUUUGGGGAACAGGCUUCCCUGCUGGAGGCCACCGUGGUUGAGGCAGGCUUGAAGAGAGUCCCCUGGGCAGGGUUGGGGGUGGGGCUUUCUCAGGCCCAGUUCCAGCUGGUCUCUGUAGGCCAGCAUCUAUCUCCAGCAGAAGUGGUUAUGUCUGAAAGCUGCCCAGUGAGGCUAUUGUGGGCCAGUGCUGGAAAACAGAGUGGUCCCACGGAUGGAGCCAGCUGCCUCUCAAUGCCUCUUUAAGUUCAAGUCUCUCUGUGAGAGCGUGCAGGGGGGGUGUGUAUGUGAUGAGUCACCAGCCUUGGUUGCUACCCACAAUUUUAUCAGAGCUCACAACAGUAUCUGAAGUCCAUUUUCAAAGCCAGCUUUAUCCUUGGGCUCAGAAUUUCCCACCCUGCAGGCAGGUGAAGAGGCAGACCUAGUUCAAGUCCAGAAAAGGCAUCCUGAGUGCUGCGCCUCUCCCUCUCCCCCUCCUCCCCUUCCCCACGGACCUUCCGGGGGUUCCGUGGCCUACUGCUGUGAACCAUGCAUGGCAUCGCACGGACUUUCUCCUGGACACCGUGCAAAGUUCAUGAUAUCCCUUCUCUUUAUUUUCCUGUUUAUUCAGAGCAUGUGUAAACACAUGGGUUGCCUGGUUUCAGCCUCUCUUUGGCCAUUUCAUUAUUUCUGGAGCCUCUGAGCAUCACUGGAAACCUUGGAUUUUCUAAAUGAAUCUAAAAAUAAGCUCUUUGAAGAAAAAAUUCUCAAAGUUGGAGAGUUGACACAAGGCACCGUUAUUUAUUUCUUUUCCUUCCUCCUCUUUCUCCUCUUCCUCCUCCCCACCAUCCCUGAACACACAAAAAUCUGGGCAGGCAGAGGCAGUGAGGGACUGGGAAGGGCCCCCUGGGCGAACGUCCAGGGGCUUGGACAACCUGGGGUGUUGGUUUGAACCCUGGGCCGCUUUCUCCGAGAGGCACCCGCUUGGCAAAUGGGGGGCUUGGGAGUCUCGGGCAUGAUUUAUGAAAAGCUGCCGAGGGCCAGGGAAGGCGGUGGCUGGGGCACUCCUUGCAAACAGCCGCCUGGAGCUCCUGCAGGGCCGACUUGGACACUCGCACGCCCCCACUCCCUUCUUCUCGCCGUCGCCGGCUUCGCUCCCUCUCCCAGACUUUUCUCGCGAACAAUCAGGGACUUGUGCUGGCGGCCGAAGGAGCCACGGAGCUGGCUGGCUGCGGAGGAGGCGACGUCAUGGAUUCCUGAGUGUGAAGUUUGCAGGAAAGCCCUUAGUUUUGGAGAUGGACGGGAUCCAGUGGUUUCCAUGGCGCUGGAUAAACAGGAGGAAACAGUGAGGGAAUCCCGUUAUUUUACUGCAUUGAAAGCCUAUAAACACGGAGCGCGGGGAAGGAAGUCGCGUUGCCUCUGGAGUAAGCCCGAUCGCGGAGCCGCGCCGACUCCGCCGCGCCGGGAGCCGGGAGGCGCGCAGCUCCCGGGCCGCUCCGAGGCUCCUUGGCCAGGGCAGCCCCGCGGGCACGCGGUACAGAAGACGGCGCCCCCUCGGCUGCUGGUCUAUACAAACAGACCCCCCUUUCCAAACACCCGCCAAGCCCCCGUCCCCUCCAGAUGCAGAGAGAGGCUGCGUUCAGACUGGGGCACUGCCAUCCCCUCCGCAUCAUGGGGUCUGUGGACCAAGAAGAGCCGAAUGCACAUAAGGUCGCCAGCCCACCCUCCGGACCCGCAUACCCCGAUGAUGUCCUGGACUAUGGCCUCAAGCCAUACAGCCCCUUUACCAGUCUCCCGGGCGAGCCCCCCGGCCGAUUCGCAGAGCCCGAUAGGGUAGGGCCGCAGAACUUUCUGAGCCCGGCCAAGCCAGCGGGGGCCUCGGGCCUGAGCCCUCGGAUCGAGAUCACUCCGUCCCACGAACUGAUCCAGGCAGGGGGGCCCCUCCGCAUGAGAGACGCGGGCGUGGAGCAGGUGCCCCUGGCCGGGGUGGCCGCCAGCCCGAGGUUCACGCUGCCCGUGCCCGGCUUCGAGGGCUACCGCGAGCCGCUUUGCUUGAGCCCCGCUAGCAGCGGCUCCUCUGCCAGCUUCAUUUCUGACACCUUCUCCCCCUACACCUCGCCCUGCGUCUCGCCCAAUAAUGGCGGGCCCGACGACCUGUGUCCACAGUUUCAAAACAUCCCUGCUCAUUAUUCCCCCAGAACCUCGCCAAUAAUGUCACCUCGAACCAGCCUCGCCGAGGACAGCUGCCUGGGCCGCCACUCGCCCGUGCCCCGUCCGGCCUCCCGCUCCUCGUCACCUGGUGCCAAGCGGAGGCAUUCGUGCGCCGAGGCCUUGGUUGCCCCGCUGCCCGGAGCCUCACCCCAGCACUCCCGGAGCCCCUCGCCGCAGCCCACAUCUCACGUGGCACCCCAGGACCACGGCGCCCCGGCUGGGUACCCUCCUGUGGCUGGCUCUGCUGUGAUCAUGGAUGCCCUAAACAGCCUCGCCACGGACUCGCCUUGUGGGAUCCCCCCCAAGAUGUGGAAGACCAGCCCUGAGCCCUCGCCGGUGUCCGCCGCCCCAUCCAAGGGUGGCCUGCCCCGCCAUCUCUACCCGGCCGUGGAGUUCCUGGGGCCCUGCGAGCAAGAGGAGAGGAGAAACUCAGCUCCCGAAUCCAUCCUGCUGGUCCCGCCCACUUGGCCCAAGCAGCUGGUGCCUGCCAUUCCCAUCUGCAGCAUCCCAGUGACUGCAUCCCUCCCUCCGCUUGAGUGGCCGCUCUCCAGUCAGUCAGGCUCUUAUGAGCUGCGGAUCGAGGUGCAGCCCAAGCCACAUCACCGGGCCCACUAUGAGACAGAAGGCAGCCGAGGGGCUGUCAAAGCUCCAACUGGGGGCCACCCUGUGGUUCAGCUCCAUGGCUACAUGGAAAACAAGCCUCUGGGACUUCAGAUCUUCAUUGGGACAGCUGAUGAGCGGAUCCUUAAGCCACAUGCCUUCUACCAGGUGCACCGAAUCACGGGGAAAACUGUCACCACCACCAGCUACGAGAAGAUUGUGGGCAACACCAAAGUCCUGGAGAUCCCCCUGGAGCCAAAAAACAACAUGAGGGCAACCAUCGACUGUGCGGGGAUCUUGAAGCUUAGAAAUGCCGACAUUGAGCUGCGGAAAGGUGAGACGGACAUUGGAAGAAAGAACACGCGGGUGAGGCUGGUUUUCCGAGUUCACAUUCCAGAGUCCAGCGGCAGGAUUGUCUCUUUGCAGACUGCAUCUAACCCCAUCGAGUGCUCCCAGCGAUCUGCCCACGAGCUGCCCAUGGUCGAAAGACAAGACACGGACAGCUGCCUGGUCUAUGGCGGCCAGCAAAUGAUCCUCACAGGGCAGAACUUUACGGCUGAGUCCAAAGUCGUGUUUACUGAGAAGACCACAGAUGGGCAGCAAAUUUGGGAGAUGGAAGCCACCGUGGAUAAGGACAAGAGCCAGCCUAACAUGCUUUUUGUUGAGAUCCCUGAGUAUCGGAACAAGCACAUCCGCACACCUGUAAAAGUGAACUUCUACGUCAUCAAUGGAAAAAGAAAACGAAGUCAGCCUCAGCACUUUACCUACCACCCAGUCCCAGCCAUCAAGACGGAGCCCACAGAUGAGUAUGACCCCACUCUGAUCUGCAGCCCCACCCAUGGAGGCCUGGGGAGCCAGCCUUACUACCCCCAGCACCCGAUGGUAGCCGAGUCCCCCUCCUGCCUCGUGGCCACCAUGGCUCCCUGCCAGCAGUUCCGCACGGGGCUCUCAUCCCCUGACGCCCGCUACCAGCAACAGAACCCAGCAGCCGUGCUCUACCAGCGGAGCAAGAGCCUGAGCCCCAGCCUGCUGAGCUACCAGCAGCCGGCCCUCAUGGCUGCCCCGCUGUCCCUGGCAGAUGCUCACCGCUCUGUGCUGGUGCAUGCCGGCUCUCAGGGCCAGAGCUCAGCCCUGCUACACCCCUCUCCGACCAACCAGCAGGCCUCACCGGUGAUCCAUUACUCACCCACCAACCAGCAGCUGCGCUGCGGAAGUCACCAGGAGUUCCAGCACAUCAUGUACUGCGAGAAUUUUGCACCAGGCUCCGCCAGGCCUGGCCCGCCCCCGGUCAGUCAAGGUCAGAGGCUGAGCCCGAGUUCCUACCCCACCGUCAUUCAGCAGCAGAAUGCCACAAGCCAAAGAGCCACCAAAAACGGACCCCCAGUCAGUGACCAAAAGGAAGUAUUACCUGCAGGAGUGACCGUGAAACAGGAGCAGAACCUGGAUCAGACCUACUUGGAUGACGUUAAUGAAAUUAUCAGGAAGGAGUUUUCAGGACCUCCCGCCAGAAAUCAGACGUAAAAGAAGCCAUUAUAGCAAGACACCUUGUGUAUCUGACCCCUCGGAGCCCUCCACUGCCCCUCACCUUCUGUCUCCCUUCACGUUCAUCUCCCAGCCCGGAGUCCACACGCGGAUCAAUGUAUGGGCACAAAGCGGACUCUCGCUUAAGGAGCUUGCCACCUCCCUCUAAACAUCAGAGAGAACUCUUCCUUUCGUUGUAUGUUUAAAAUCCCAGCGAGCAUCCUGGUUGAUCUUAAUGUUGUUCGGUCCAAAUAUUAAGCACCUGCUGACCAAAAGCACAUUCUGCACAAGACAGGACUCUGGAACGCGCCUGAGAACAGAGUGACUGGAGCUUGGAGGGGUGGGCGGGGGACAGAAGACGUGGACACUGCGAUUAAACCCCAGGCCUUGCGUUCAUUUUUCCAGGUCACAGAUACAGCUCCUGUACCUUUUGAAGGAAAGGAGUUCUCAGACAGCAACCAAAGGAACGUGACCCAAGAGCCCAGCUUACAGGCUGAAGAAACGCAAAACCCUCUUGGUAGAGACAGAAACGGAACCAUCAGUCCUUAGACCUCGCCCAGUCUCGGCCACAACUGGGCCGCGGCUAAAGCUUUAUUUUUGAAUUCUCAUUCCAAAACAAAAACUGUCUUGCACAGACAAGAUCACCUGUUAAGACUUCUUGGCGUUAAGUUAUGACACGUAUAUGCGUUUGUUAUUUUAUUUUUUUCCUGCUUUAAAAAGCUGGCCGAGGCAUCUAGCACUCCAGCUGUCUUGGCGAGCUGUUCUUAACCCCUGCAGCUUACCGUCCUGCUAACACAAUUUCCAUAGACUUGGGGGGCUGACCCAGGCUACAGAGAGCAAGCACCUGUCUGCUGUAGCUGCACAACCUAGAUGCUUUGCAAGGUUUCGGCUUGCUCUCUUCCUAGCAGCCAGAGUGCUUUUCCAUAAAGCAGUGGAGAAUCUCAAGCAAGUGCAUUGAAUUGAAGAAUAGCAGAAGGGGUAAAGAAGCAAGAAGGGAAGUGUGGGUAUUUUUGUUAAGCAAAACAGCCCAAGUGCUUCUGGAAGCUGGUUUACGAAGAUAGAGGAAAAGGGCUGAAUUCCCUCUAUCCUAAAUUCAAAGUGGGACAGAGAAGCUCAGGAUGCUGUUCCAAGGUUCAUUGGUUAAUUUCAUUGGUUAAUUUCACCUGAACCUAUUUAAAGCUCCCUUCUGCCCCUGAAGACCUGUCUGUAUUAGAAUUCCAACACAAAUCUACUUGAAUGCAUCCUCCAGUUUGAAUGAUCUCUGUUCAGACCACUUGUGUGUUAUGUGAUUUCCUUCCUUCCAACUGUUUCCACUGAGCGCACCCACGGUCUCCCCUAGUCCUCUGUUGGUGCGAUUUUUAUGAUUUUUACAAACAAAAUCCUCAAAGUUCUUGGCAGAUGUGUUUUUGUUUGCAUUGACUGCAGAUACCCCAGGACCAGUGGGGAUUCAUUUUCAGCCAUUCAUUUGUUUACUCAAUAAUCCACAACAAAGUGAAAAGAUUCUUAGCACUCCCACUGUACUUAGAGUGUUUUCUCAGUCCAGUCUGUAGGCAGAAGGCCUAAGAAGAAAGUCAUGGCCAUUCAGUGCCCACUAUGGGCUUUGUCAACCCUGGCUCUCCUGUCAAGGUUACCCAGAGGUAAAAGCUUCCUGAGAGUGGGGCCAGGUGUGCUUGGCGCCCCAGAUAGAAGACAAAAUGCUCAGAUUCCAGCCUGUGCUCUUGUAUGCAACCUGUUGGUCAAUACCUAGCAUUUAUUUUUCCCUAACAAUGGAUGGCCUUUCCGUCACCCACCCUAAGCUCAGAGUUGAGCAACAUUCUCUUUUAAAUAAACAAAAUGCCAGUAAGCGGCUGACCCCUACCAUAGAACUUCUGGGAUGCUAAAUACUUCCUUACGAACAUAACAAGUUCCUAUACUAGCAGCUUCCCCUAAAGAAUUUUCUCUCCAGCAAUAAUUGACUUCACUGGGGAAUAGCCAAGAGUGUGGUGAGUGAUUUGUUCUCACUUGACCUGGCUAGGAGCCACUUUUUGCACAUGGGGGAAUUUGGCCUUUCCUCAGUUAUCUGAAUGUUUUACCCAAGUGCCUUCCUGCUAUUGUAGCAAAGUAGCUCUGCUUCCUUGCCUACAGGGUGAAAAAGGAGUAAUGCAUUUUCCAUCAGUUUAUGUUUGCAAAAAGGUCCUCCUGGUAGCUCAACCUCCUGAACGCAUGUGUGUGUGUGUGUGUGUAAUACACACAUAAACCCCUCUCUUUUUCUAAGACAUCUUAGCUGGAUAUUAUAGGAAGCACUUUCAUAAACAACUAUACCAAAUAGCAAAGGAAAGAGAAACAAACCUAUUAGAUGUGAGACAUAAACAGGCAAGAGAAAGUGUAUUAGGAACUGACAGCUAUCAAGGAAGUUUUUUUGGUCAGUUACAAAUGCUAGGAGGAAAUUUUGCCAAGAAUGAUGGCUCAUGAAAUAUUUUCGGUAUGGGAAGAGGCAAUAAGAUCCUCUAAGAGAACAAGAAAGUAGGGGUGUCUAAAUGGUAAAGAUGGGUGUGUUGCAUGUGUUAGAAGGAUCUCAGCUAAGUCAAGGUUUGCUCUUGCUAUAUCUAAGUUAACAUGUAGCACUUGACAGAUGUACCAUGUUGCUGAAUGCAGUAUAUUUCCAAAGUUUGCAAGUCUUCCUGUAUUGUAUAAAAAUGCUGCUGCUUGAUAAUAUAUAUAGCAAUCCAGAUUAAUUAGUAUGUUAUUAAAUUUUAUUUUCUUACCUGUAUUUUUAUGCUUGUUACCUGUUCUCAAAAUAUUACACCCCUGUUGGAAUUAGAUUUAUAUUUAUAAAUGGUCAGAAAUCUUUUGAAGUGACUCUUUUUACACAUAGGUUGAUUCUGUUUUUCUUAAGAGAAAUGACAUAUUCUUGAAACAUUUGUUAAUCAUUCCAGGAAACAAAAAGCCUUAUCAUAAAAUCCCCACUCAGAGCCUGUUCAUCACCUGUAUAGAAGACAGACAGCAUCUCAGGAGAAGGAAUGGCUUUGUGGAAGAAGGAGCACCUUUUUCUUACUCAAGAAUUAUGCUGACUUCAGCCCUGAGCCUGGAUCUAGUCGCUGAGAAUCAUGAAGUGUCUAGAUCCCCCUCCAAAACAAGUAGUCUAGCAGGUGAUACUGGUUUUAAAAACUGACACCAAAACCCUGCCUUCAUUGCAAUGGAAUUGGAAAAGAAUUCAUGUUCACAGAACCCUCUGUUCAGGCUGAUCUUUACAGAGGGGACCAAAGCUAAAUCUUGGUAGAUAAUUCCUGUAUGCUUUAUCCAAAGGACAGUUUUCUAGCACAGACAUAACCAGGGAUGAACUGAUUCCUUCAGAGAACUGGGAGGCACUGAUACUGCAUUUUUUUGUUUACAUCCAGUAGCCAAGACGCCUGCCGCAGUGAGUCAGUCUUGGAGACUGUCACAUUUAGGCAGAUCGGAAGUUGAUAUGUUCUAUUUGUCCCUCUGGAUUGCAGUGAGGCUGAAUUUGUCAUGUCAAAGAAAAAUAAAAGACCUUUCCAAGUGCUUUCUAUUGCUCAGAAUUGAAAGAAUGUUUUCGAGUUUACAAGAGGCAUGGAUGGAGUCGUGACGUUCUUGACAAGCUGGGCUAACCUCUCCCGAACUCAUUUCCUGGAGGCACGGUGCUUGGUGACCCAACACAUCUUAACCUUGGGUCUCCUAGGCUGGAGGCUUGGGCAUUAAGUUUUAUGGAACCCAAACAGCCAACUGCAUAUAAGUAUAUUCCUGCAUUCCAAUUAAGUGCUUAAGAAAAAGCAGCAUCACAUAAAAUUGUGAUCAGAAUCAUCCAUUUCCCUCAGCCUUUGUGACUGCCUUGACCUAAGCCAACAUCACUGUCUUAGUUUGUUUAGAAACAAACUUUUCUGGUGGUUGGUAACAGAGAGAUGCUUCCUGAACCCUCAGGGUCCUGGGAGCUGGAAGUGAAAGGGUUAUUAACAUUCUACCUUUCUGCAGCUGUUGGUGGACUAGAAUAAACUCCCUGCUGAGUUCAGGCUUUGAAUGGAAUGGAUGCAAAUGAUGAUGUUUCCAUUAGAGCAGGUGCUCACCGCAUUCUGAUUGGCCGGAGCAGGCCGAGGCUGUGGCUGUUGGAACCACAAGCUUAGCAUCCUGGACAUCUUGUCAAAGAACCUCACUCACCCCUAUGGCCUCUACAGACCUUAGAGGAGAGAAAACCAAUACAGUUCUCCAACAAAUAGAGAUCUCUCCAACACAGUGGUGCUGGCAGGCUUAGGUUUGGAAAAUCCUGACUGUUAGAGGCAUUUGAAUACUUCACAUUCCUAUGCAAAUGUUUUUCAUCUCCAGUUUAAUGUAGUUUAUUUUUCCUAUAUGUAAAGUAUUUUUAUACGGCUUGUAUCAUGAUAGUUUAGAAAUAAAACAGUUGGAAGCAA